AUGGCGGACGGUGUGCUUGCCCACGAGGAGGUGCUGCGACACAUAUACUCCUUUUUGCAGGCCUACGGCUACAAGAAUUCCCUGCUUGCAUUGCAGAACGAGUCCCGCGUGCCGUUCAACACCAUAGACGUUGUGGAGGCAAACGAGCCUGCGGAGCGACGCGGCUCCGUGACGUCUAAAACCCCAGCCGGCCUUGAGCGGGCGGUACUUGAGGGGCAGUGGGACACGGUGCUUGCCAACUAUGUGGAUUUGCUGCUGCUCCCCACGGAAGUCACCUUUGACCUGUACGAACAGAUAUUUGAGGAGCUGUUGACGCUGCACGGCUUUGUGCACGCGGCGAGGGCGUUUUUCAACAAUUCACCCAUUUUUGUGGCCAUGAAAAACUCCUCUGCGGCUCGGUAUGCGCGGUUGCAGCAGGCGCUGGAGGCGCAGAAGAACAGCUUUGUAGAUGAUAGUAAUACACCUGGGAGUGGUUCAAUACCUGCGGAGGUAGCGGCCAAGCGGGAGACGCUCUUGCGGACGUUGCAAGAGGCCAUCACGUGGAACAAAGAGCCGUACAAUGGCUUUCUACCUGCCGCGCUAUGGCGGCUUCUGAAUGACGGGGAGGGCAGUAAUGGAGGUGGCAGAGCAACCUCGCUAAAGCGACAGCGCGCAAGCGAUCUUGCCGCGCCGUCGAAUCUUCCUUCUGUCAUGUUCCUGCACUACCCACUUCAGUGUCCAAAGACUAUUCGACGUAAAAUUGUCUUUGACAACGCCGAAAAACCCACCUCGUGCGUGCAUACUAUGCUCUCAACUGCAGACGGCGACAAGCACACUUUCGCGGCCCUCAUUGUUGGCAAGACGGACGGGACGGUGGAUUUCUUGGCCGUGGAUUCCGCUUCACCUGUUGGGGCCUCCGUUGGACACACCGACGGUGUCUUGAGCCUGGCCCCCGAUGCCCCGGGGGAGGCCGUCACGUGGGUCGCCGUCGGCUACCGGGACGGAAGUGUGAAGAUCUAUAACACGGAAACACGGAAAUUGGUGCGGCGCUUUUCACAGGUCCACAGCAGUGGUGUGACCUCCCUCAUCUUUGCAGGCGCACCCAGCCAGGCCCUCGCGGGACAUCGCUCUUGGGUGGUGUCUGGCUCCUUCGACGGCGUGAUUCAGGUGCUCGACAUCCGUGAAGGGAAGUCGCUGCAGCGGAUAGCAGAUGCACACGAGUCGAAGUACGUGCUCUCGCUCUGCUUCUUGCCGGAAAAGGCCGGAGGCGUGGUUUCGGCCGGAAACAAUGGGAUGCUUUGCUUUUGGUCCGUUUCUAGCGCGGGGUUGCGGCAGGCCGGGCCAGCUCGCGCGCUGCGAUCCAUUCAUGCAUCGUUGAAGGAGGAGCUUCCAACGCGGCUGCUGCCUGUGGAGGAUGCGGAAGCAGGGAGUGAGGUGCUGGUGCUGACGCGUGGCCAGCGGGCUCUGCUUUUGAGUGUCCACUUCACGGACGAUGCCACGAAUCCUGUCGUUGUUUUGAUGCACAGCUGCAUUUGCACCCCGCGGCCGCUGCAUGCGGGGUGCCUGCGCGUCAUUCAAACCCCUGCCCUCGCCGCCCCGCUUCUCUCGCUCUUUUUGACGGACCGCGAGGGGACGAUCCUCCUCUACAACGUGGAGAUGUCGUGGCGCCUGCGUGCGGGAGCGGCGGAGGGCGGGUGUCGGGUGGAGCUGCGUCCCGCAGACGAGAGCUCCGUCGUCGUGGUGGACCACGGGGAGAAGGUGGAGGACCUAAGCGUGGUCAACAUCCUCGGCGCGUCCGCGUCGCUGCUUGCCUUUUCUCCCUCCCUCUCCGCCAUGUACGUUCUCUCCUGGAGUUAA